AUGGCCUUGAGAUACUUCACCGCCAUUGGUUUGUUCUUGUCUUGUGCCCUCGCAGGCCCUCUCUCGACCGCGGGAGAAAGCAACCACCUCUCGGGGAGAGCUUUUGCGAUCAACGAAGAUGGUUCGAGCACCCUGGGCCGGCCCUGGCCAAAUGCGAAGAUCGUCUGGUGUUUUGAGCCUGACGGCGAGUCCGAGGAUAAAGACUCCUAUAAAGAGGUCCUAAAAAUCGCGAAAGGGGGCUGGAAGCUGUGGGAGAAGAAGCUCGACGGCAGGUCUAAGCUCAAGUUCGAGCCCUCGGAUAAGAAGAAGCCGAGCUGUAAGAAGGACCAUGGAACCAUGCUGCGUAUCACCUUCAACAAUCAAGGGUCGACAAGUUCUCAUACAGGAUUCAAAGCAGACGCCCGAAACAUGAAGUUCGACCCCGGGAAUAAAUACGGCGGGCGCGAUCCCGUCGUUAUUUUCGCGCACGAGCUCGGCCACGUCUUCGGGUUGCAGCACGAGCAUCAAAAGCCAAGCGCAUGGAAGAAAGAAUUGCCACUACUGAAGCUGAACUGCGAGAACAUGUUGGAUUACGAAGCCUCCGUGAGGAAGUUUGGAGCAUACUACGUCGACAACACACUCUGCACGGAUGAAGACAAAGCCAACAGAAAUCGGUUCUCGGCUCACAAUUUCCUUCCCUUGACCUUCCCCAUGGGACUCGUCGAGGACGAUUCCUUCGACUGGGACUCAAUCAUGAUGUACGACUCUCUCGCCCUCAGUAAGGAUCCCCAUGGCGGGAAGCUGGUCUUGGUCGCAGCCAAUGGUGGUAAGCUGAAGAUCAAUAAUGAACCCUCGAAACAGGACGUGGCAGCGGUUGCGAAGCUGUAUCCGAAAUGA